AGUCAUCUGCCUGCCCAGUUGCAGGCUGGAUUUGGGUGUGCUGGCCGGGGCAGAGCGGCGGCAGGGAUGAACUGGGCGGCGCUGGAGAGUCUGCUGAGCGGAGUCAACAGAUACUCCACCGUGUUCGGGAGGGUUUGGCUCUCCAUGGUGUUUGUGUUUCGUGUGCUGGUGUUCGUUGUGGCGGCGCAGAGGGUCUGGGGAGAUGAGAGCAAGGACUUCGUCUGCAAUACACGACAGCCUGGCUGCACCAACGUAUGCUAUGACAGCAUCUUCCCCAUCUCUCAUAUCCGCCUGUGGGCGCUGCAGCUGAUAUUUGUCACAUGUCCAUCUCUGAUGGUGGUGGCUCAUGUUAGAUACCGCGAGGAGAAAGACAGGAAGUACGCGGCACAACACGAUGGCUCUCGCCUGUAUGCUAACCCUGGGAAGAAGAGAGGGGGCCUGUGGUGGACCUAUCUGCUCAGCUUGAUCUUCAAAGCUGGAUUUGACUCAGCUUUCCUGUAUAUACUGUAUCGGAUAUACCACGGAUAUGACAUGCCCAGGUUGUCCAAGUGUACGUUAGAGCCGUGCCCCAACACCGUCGAUUGCUUCAUCAGUCGUCCGACAGAAAAAAAGAUCUUCACGAUGUUCAUGGUUGUGUCAAGCGCGAUUUGCAUCUUCAUGUGUGUGUGCGAGAUGCUCUAUCUCACUGGCAAACGCAUCCAGAAAGUUCUGAAAGUCCACCACGCCAACGAGAGACUCUUGUUUGCAGAGAGGCAUGAGGUCAUCAGCAUUGCCCCACCCAGAUCCCAGUAUCAGCAUUUUGACCCAACGAGAGACAGCUAUUAUAAUUUAAGUAAGACUACAAAAACCGAAGAGGCCGCUACAAGUACACUCUAGGCCACUGGGCUCAUGACUUCGCUUUUUGGGGAAUGGCUGCAGGUAUCUCCACCCUUAUAAACAACACAGUGACUGCAGGUACCUCCACCCUUAUAAACAAUACAGUGGCAUACUGACC